CUCAGGCUGCCUGCUGUCAAUUCUGAUGGGUAGGAAGGACAACUUUCAGUGGGCAUCGACUCAGUCCACAUUCCGCCAAAUUCUCAAAUGGACCCAGCAUCUGUCGUCGGCCUCGUCAGCGGCGUUGCAGCGCUCGCCAAACUAGUGGAUGGCAGCCUAUCCGGCCUCUCUGAGUUCAUCAGUCAGUCACGGAGGGUUGACCAGACCGUCCAAAGCUUUCACGAUGACAUUGAAGCCUUGUCAAUGGCAAUUACCGCGGUGUCAGCCAGGUUUAGAUCCAGGGGCGGUUCCACGCUGACCUUGAACUCUCCCGCCUCUCGCGAGGCUGCGGAAUUUCUUUCAAUCUCGGUCGUCGCUUGCCAGCGACUGAUGCAAAGGCUUGAGACAUACCUCCCUAGCCGUCGAUCGUCGGGCGGGGGCAUCAAAUAUUUCCAGCGGCUACUGCUCCAGAGACGGAUGAAUCACAGCAGAGAGUCCAUACGAGUCACCCAAGGCCAGAUACAGAUGCACACUUCCAUAAUCAACACGGCUUUCAACCUCCUCAUCUUUGACCGCAUCACCCAGUCGCCUCGAGGGCAGGCUCAAGACGUGACACAGCCUUACAAUAACUUGGUGGGCUCACUGGCGGAGCUUCAGAGGGAAAGGCGGCGACUUCCUUCAGACUCUGAUCCGGAAACGGUGGUUGCUGUUCAAAACGCGCGAGCUUUGUCCAAUACUGCCACCACCAGCAUAUCAGGGAGCGUUUCGGUUAUCGGCCGACAGUCCACGCAAGCGGGCUCUCGGUCUCCUCCCACAUCCUCGCCGGGUACUCAACAGCCCGUUCCUGGAGCUGCACCGCCCAACGUGCCCCCUCAACACACACGCAGUCGAAAUACAAGGUCUCCUCCCAGCGUUAGCUCUCCACCACGCGGCACACAGUCCGCCAGCGAGGGACGAGCUCACACAAGAUAUGACUCCGGCUAUGGUAGUCAGGAGAACGACGAUGCAGACAGUUAUUUCAGUUCGAUCCCUCCGGUCAGCCCAGAUCAAAUGCGCCUGGAGACCCAGCGGCUUCUUCAGUCUCAUGGCCAUCCAAUUUCCCGAGUCCGACCGCUCACCAUUUCUCAUGCUCAUAAAAAGGCCCUAUAUUGGGCUGCAACCGAAGGCCACCUCAUGGCGGUGAAAUAUCUCAUUGACCGGGCCACGCCGUUUGACCUACGCAAUGAGACUGGAUUCGCCACUCUUAUUUCAGCCAUCGAAGCCCAGCACACCGAAGUUGUCAAAUUUUUGCUGUCCCUCAUCAGUCAGGCCGAAUUCACAGGCACCCCUCAAGCACACGAUGCCCUCCUGGCAGCGGUUAGGAGUGGCGACUACGCAGUCUCGGCCAUCCUGCUCGACAAAGGCGCUAAUCCCAACUCAAGAAAAGGCAACCAGGCCACGCCUCUGCACCUGGCAGCGGAGCGGGGCUACCUCAGCCUUGUCAAGCAGCUCCUGCUCAAAGAUGGCGACGUGUAUGCCAAAGACGAAGACAAACGCACGCCGUUGCAUGCUGCCGUAACCGCUGGCUCGGUGGCGGUGACUCGUAUCCUCCUCCAACAUCGGGCUGAGGUCAACGUCAAAAACUCCGAAGGCGACACUCCCUUCCACAUAGCCUUUCGGUCGGGGGAACUGGAAAUUUUCAACAGCUUGAUCGAAUGUGGUGCCAAAAUGCGGCUGACCAACGAUGACUUUGUUCGGUCAACCACUCUCGACCAGCUGCUCGGUGGAAAGCUGGCGGCCGGCUUCCAUGCUUUUGUCAAGUGUCUACACCGGCAGAAUCUGUUGACACUCUUGCGCAUUGAGGAGAUUGUCUAUUACAUUGCCCGGGGGAACUACAAAGAUGCAUUGAAUUACCUGUGUAAUGAGGGCGUCCUUACUGGCCCACAUUCACAGGAAAAACCUGUCGGAGAAGACUUCGAUGACACGAAAAAGGCCCCCUUCCUCCCUAACAAGAUAUCGUUUGAGACGCUCGGAUCUCUGCCAGCCUACGAACAAUACUAUAGGUACAAUGGCGUUGACGUCCUGUACCGACACCAAGAUACUCUCGCAGACCAACACGGCCGCAACGAACAAGCACUGAGGAGGGCAGUUGAUGCUAACAAUGGACACGGCUUCCGUGACACGUUGGAACAGAUGAACCCUGGCCCCGGACAUCCUCACUGGCCUAUAUCUGCGGAAACACUCUGCCACGUUGUGAAGCAGGGUGACCUCGGCAUGCUCCACGCACUCUUCUGGACAAAGGUCGACAUCAACGGCAGAGACUCGACCGGAUGGGCCGCCAUCCACUAUGCGGCGGACACGUGGAACAUGUACGACAAGCUCGUGACCCUCCACAGCGCCGGCGCGGACAUCAACCUCCAGACAUCCGCGUUUCGGGACAAACACGAGAAAGGGGCCACGGCCCUGAGCCUGGCCUUUCGCCAACGGGCAGAGUGUCGAGACCAACGGAGCCGGGAUUACUGGGACACCGUCUGCCUGGCCUUGCACACACGGGGGGCCAAAGCUGCGGCGCCCACGCCCUCCUCGAGAGAAUUUCGGCCCGACAACGCCGCCGCCGUCCCGCGGGCGCCUUCUACCAAGAAGGUGCUCAGGAAGAAGCCGACUUCGGUGAGUCCGCUCAAUGUGGCGGGCUCGGAGAGUACGACGCGGCGCCACGCCGCGGAGGUUCCGCUCGGCGGUCGCUCCAUCCGGCGGACGCCAUCAGGAAAGAGUGUCCUGGGCAAGAAAAGCCGUUCUCCUUAGCGGGAAGAAUCUGUAGGCUUGAGUGGGAUGAAAUUGAAGAUGGGAAGGGUGACGAGCAGAUGAGAGAAGACACGGACGAGAAUACCGGGAGACCGAAUGAGAGGAAAGACGCGGCAUGUACAGCGUGCGGGUCGCCAUUAAGAGAAAGCGUCACCCGGGCGAAGGCAAUAUAGAAAGCACGAUCUGGAUUACAUAAAGGGCACAGGGUGCGAGGGAUUACAUCCACUAUCUUUGCAAGGUGUCCUC